ACCAGCAGACGCCCUCUGAUACCUUUGUGGUUUUUGCGUCUGCAUAGAUAGGUACCGUGAUCCGUCUUGCAAUCCGUCAAAUAAACCCUUCCUCGACCAUCCGUCUACCCGUCUCCAUGGCCGCACAGCCAACACCCAGGUCAUCAAUCCGCAUGGCCUUUUGCACCAAGAGCUUGGAAGCCAUACUUUAAUCAUGCUGCCUUUCAAAGCAGACGAGUGGAACUUUGACAUCGACCAAUACAUCAACACCAUCAUCCCUCCAUCGCCGCUGCACAAACUGCCCACGCCCCUAUCGAGGUUUUUGGGGUAUAGAAAGGAGCAGGGUCCUGACGUUGGCAACGUAUUGGGCGCGUUUUGGUCCUUUGUGGGCGCAUUUUGUGGGCUGGCCAUAGUCGCAGCUGUAUUCAACAACGUCCAGAUGAUACAGGCCCACCACCCACCAGCUCUGAUCGCGAGCUUUGGCGCAUCCGCCAUCCUCGAAUACAACGUGAUUCGCUCGCCCUUAGGCCAGCCACGCAACGCUCUUUUGGGCCACGCUCUCUCUGCUCUCGUCGGCGUAGGCAUAACAAAACUCUUCCUAUACCACUCCGACUUCACUUCCAUCCGCUGGAUUGCAGGAGCAGUAUCUUGUGGCGCUGCCUCCGCCCUCAUGCUCCUCACUGGUACCGUCCACCCGCCCGGCGGCGCAUCAGCUGUCAUCGCAGCGACCAGCCCCGAAGUUACGGCCAUGGGCUGGUACUUUGUUGGACUUGUUAUGCUAGGGACUACGCUCAUGCUCGGAAUCGGCCUGCUGAUCAAUAAUAUCCACAGGCAGUUUCCAGUGUAUUGGUGGACGCCGUUGGAUGUGAGACGUACGAGGAGGCGGAACGAACAAGUAGCGCCUGAUGCUCGGGGAGGUUUUGAGUUUAGAGGUGAAAAGGAGAGUGAGAGUGAGGUCGACGAGGAGGAUGUGGAAAGUAAAGACGGUGAUGUUAAUUUGGAGACGGGAAAGGGGGGAAAGGCAAAUAACGGGAUUUUUAUUUCUUCCCAAGGCGUCUCGCUACCGACUGGUCUGGCGCUGAAUAGCCAAGAAGCUGAAUUACUAGAGCGCUUGAAGAUGCGACUUGUAGGGUUGCAAGUUGUCAAAAGAAAUGGGAGGGAUAGUGAAGAGACGAAGGAGCAUUGA